AUGGUCAAGACAUGUAUUGGAGAGGUCGAUGGGUUAUUAUACGUAUCUGAUCGACAUGUGUGCAUUACGAAAUCUGCUAGGCAGGUCUUUCCACAAGCUGCUCAUGGAAUAUACAUGCAGCACUUGUCUACUAACCUGAAGGACAAGUUCAAGGAUGAUGUCAUGCAAGAAAUGUUCAUAUUAGCGGCAAAGGCCUGUCGAAAAUUAGAGUUCAUAUACUAUUUCUCCCAACUAGCAGGAUUUCCAGAGGUCCAGCGAUACUUGGAAGGAAUUGGUUUUGAAAAAUGGACUCGUGCAUUUCAACCGGGUUUGAGUCACUGCACUUUUGGAACAUGCUUGUGCACUCUUACAGCGCUAGUUUUACGAAAGCGAACCUACGCAUCCAGUCGCGAAACUAUUCUCACUGACUAUGGUGAGAAUAAGAUGCGGACUGUAGAGAACCUAUCUCGUACUCAUUCCACCAUACCCAUUGACCAUCACGAGUUGGAACUUAGCAAUGGACUAAAAAGGGUGCGUGUGAAUUUAAAUGCAAUGAUCUAUGGAUGUAAAGAGUUUGACUACUUUCAGCUUCCUUGCUCCCACGCUAUUGCAGCGACCACCUAUCGGAACGUGAACAGGUACACACUAUGCUCACCUACAUAUACUCUUCAAACUCUCAUUAACGCAUAUGCCGAACCUGUGUACCCUCUUCGCGAUGAGGAUGAUUGGAUAUUACCUGAUGACUUCGUCGACCGUAAAGUGGAGUCGCCCAGAUAUGUUCCGCGUAUUGGCCGACAUCAAACUAUACGAAUUCCAUCUGCUGGGGAGACCCGCCAAGUCCACAAAUGCGGUCGAUGUGGCAACAUGGGUCAUAAUAGAAAAACAUGA